AUGGCAUUACAACAGGUCGUGAGGGUGGCCAACGACAUAUGGUCGGCAUUCGUGGUGGGGGUGGGCCGGCUGGACAAGUCGUUGAAUCCGAUGGACACGAUCAACAGGAUACGAAAUCAUCGGUUCACUCCGUCCGACUCAAUAUACGCCCUCCACGCACUCAACGCGGCAUUUUGGGUCUGGAUGAUGACCUCGCCCGCCUUUCCUCUGAAACUCUUCAUCCCAAUAUUCCACCUCACCAUCCUCCUCAUACCCUUCACGUCACAAUUCUUCACGCCGGCGCUACCAAUCACCACCUGGCUCAUCUGCUACUUCUCAUCGAAGUUCAUCCCGAACGAGUACAGGCCAAAUAUCUCAGUCGUCGUCCUACCGACACUCGAAUCCGUACUCUUCGGAGCCAACAUCUCCGACCUCCUCACGCGCUUCACACACCCAAUACUCGACAUCUUCGCAUGGCUACCCUACGGCGUCAUCCACUUCAGCUUCCCAUUCUUCAUCGCGGCCUUCACAUGGCUAUUCCGCCCAAAUGAAGCCCUGCACUUCUUCGCGCGGGUCUUUGGGUACCUCAACUUUGUCGGCGUACUCGUGCAAAUCCUCUUCCCUUGCGCGGCACCUUGGUACGAAGUCAUCUUCGGACUCAUGCCAGCCAACUACGGCAUGAAAGGCUCGCCGGGCGGUCUAUUGCGCAUCGACCAUAUGUUCCACAGUUCAGGCUACACAACGGGCUUCUCCAACAGCCCCGUCAUCUUCGGCGCUUUCCCAUCGUUGCACAGCGCGUGCGCAACGAUCGAAGCGCUCUUCGUCUCGCACUUCUUCCCGCAGACUACCCCGUACGUCUGGGCGUAUGCUGGGACGCUGUAUUGGGCGACGAUGUAUCUCACGCAUCACUACCUCAUCGACGUCGUCGGAGGGAGCUGCAUGUCCGUGCUGUUCUUCUACCUCAUGCUCCCCGACGAGCUCCGCGGCGCUGCGGCUACCUCGGGUCCGGGCCCGCUUCGUGCGAGCAAGUACGCGCAGUACGACCUUGAGGUGCCAGCGGGCCCAGAAGCGUACGAGCUGGAGAGCGAGCCGGAGGACGAUCCCGAGUCUGCGUUGCCGACGUACCGCGCGUCUGCACCGAAUGAGCCAUAA